UAAAAAAAAAAACAAUUCCAUCAAUUAUGUUAAUCAUCUCCUCUCUUAACCUCCCGACAAUCCCAAAUCCACCCCCUCCCCCUGCCAAGAAGAAACGAGAACGAGAAAUUCUUGGAGAGAGAAGCCUCUUCUUCUCUCUUCUAUGAUUCUUUCUCUGUUUCUCUCCUCUCCGAUUCCCCUUUUUUUUUUUCUUCUUCUAAAGACAGCCCAUCUGAGAAAGAACGAAGGAAAAGGCUUCUCUCUUCAUUAAUUCCUUUUUUCUCCGUUGCCCCCCUCAUUUUCCAGCCAAUACUGAUUCCGUUCUUUCAAGAGAGACAUGAAAUAUCGGACAUGUCUCCUCCUAUUCUCCGUCCUCUUGAUCACGUUACUAAUAACGGCCACCGCACAGGAGGAAGCUCCUCCUCCAAUGAUCCCGCCGAAGGCGCCAUCGUACAUCGUCUCCUGCGGCGCCACGGAGGAGGAAACCGGCGACGAUGGGCGGAGCUGGCAGCCGGACGAUAAGUACCUAAACUACACCGGCGAGAAGCCCAAGGCCGCCGUGGCGGCCUAUCAGGACCCUAAUCUGGGCUCGGCGGUCCCCUUCAUGUCGGCCCGGAUUUUCGAGGCCCAAGGAGGUUACAAAUUCGCGGUCCCCACCGACGCACGUGUCAUGAUCCGGUUCUACUUCUACGCCUCGACGUACGGAGACCUCGACGCGGCGAAUUCCUAUUUUGCCCUCACGGUCAACGGCUUCCAGCUCCUCAGCAACUUCAGCGCGUCGAUCGCCACGAGGGCGCUGACCCAGGCCUACAUAAUGAAGGAAUUCUCGCUUCUGCCCUCCCCCUCGGGGGUGCUCGGCGUGCUCUUCACGCCGUCGGCGGACUACAAGGGUGCGUUCGCGUUUGUGAACGGCGUCGAGGUGAUUCCGAUGGCCGAUAUCUUCGACGACAGCCCGCCACUGCUGGGGCUCGGUGACCAGACGGUGGAUUUGACGACGUACGGCUUGCAGUCGAUGUACAGGCUGAACGUCGGCGGGGAGGUGAUCCCGCCGGCGAACGACUCGGCGGGGCUGAGGAGGACGUGGUAUAACGAUUUUCCGUACAUUUUCGGAGGGACGGAUGGGCGGACCGUGUACAAGAAGGACGUCCAUUACCCAAGCGAAUACGUGCCAGAAUCCAUCGCGCCGCGGUCGGUGUACACCACCUCCAGGUCCAUGAGCGAGGACCCGGCGGUCAACCGGAAGUUCAACCUGACGUGGGUGUUCCAGGUGGAUGCCAAUUUCACCUACAUGGUCCGCCUCCACUUCUGCGACGGCGAGAUGACGCGAGCCAACCAGCGGCCCUUCUCCAUCUACCUCAACAACCAGACCGCGCAGCAUACCGCCGACGUCAUCGCCUGGACCGGCGGCAAAGGGAUCCCCAUCUACAAGGACUACGCCGUCUACCACAGCGACAAGAACGGCGACGACCUCUGGCUCGCCCUCCACCCCAACGAGGAGAGCCACCCGGAGUUCGUCGACGCCAUCCUCAACGGCGUCGAGGUCUUCAAGCUCAACAGCGUCAGCAAGAGGAGCUUCGCCGCCCGCAACCCGGAGCUCUCGGCGAUGAUGUCGCGGCACGAGGAGGACGUCAGGAAGAAGAGCUUCGGAUACUCCGGCGGCGCCAACGCGCACGUCAUCGGCGCGAUCGCCGGCGGGGUCACCGGGUUGGCGGCCGUGGUCGUGGUGUCGGCGGUCGUGCUCCACAAGAAGCGCCGGACGGUGGGGACCACGCGCUCGGGAAGCUCCAGUAACUGGCUGCCGCUGUACGGGAAUUCCCACACGUCGAGCAAGUCGACGGGGUCUAGGAAGAGUACGAAUAGUAGCCACUUGUCGACCAUUGCGCAGGGUCUCUGUCGGCACUUCUCGUUACAGGAAAUCAAGCACGCCACGAGAAACUUCGACGAAGCCAAAGUAAUCGGCGUGGGAGGGUUCGGGAAAGUGUACAAAGGGGUAAUCGACGGGACAGUCGAAGUCGCAAUCAAGAGAUCGAAUCCACAAUCGGAGCAAGGAGUCAACGAAUUCCAGACCGAAAUCGAGAUGCUAUCCAAGCUGCGGCACAAACACCUGGUCUCCCUGAUCGGAUUCUGCGACGAGGACGACGAGAUGGCGCUGGUGUACGAUUACAUGGCAAACGGAACCCUAAGAGAGCAUCUCUACAAAGGGAACAAUCCGCCGUUGCCGUGGAAACAGAGGCUCGAGAUCUGCAUCGGCGCCGCCAGGGGAUUGCACUACCUCCACACGGGAGCGCAGUACACGAUCAUCCACCGCGACGUCAAGACGACGAACAUCCUCCUGGACGGGAAGUGGGUCGCCAAGGUUUCGGACUUUGGGCUUUCGAAGACCGGCCCAAAUCUGAACAACCAGGCCCACGUCAGCACGGUGGUGAAGGGGAGUUUUGGGUAUUUGGAUCCGGAGUAUUUCAGGCGGCAGCAGCUGACGGAGAAAUCGGAUGUGUAUUCGUUUGGGGUCGUUUUGUUUGAGGUUUUGUGCGCCCGGCCGGCGCUGAACCCUAGCUUGUCGAAGGAGCAGGUAAGCUUGGCGGAUUGGGCGAUGCAGUGCCAGAGGAACGGGAAAUUGGAGGAGAUAGUCGAUCCGUUGUUGAAAGGGGAUAUAAAUCAGGAGUGCUUGAAGAAAUUCGCGGACACGGCGGAGAAGUGUUUGGCCGAUGCAGGGAUUUAUCGGCCUUCCAUGGGGGAUGUGUUGUGGAACCUUGAAUUUGCUCUGCAAUUGCAGGAGAAUCCCAAGGCGGCGGUGGUCGAACAGAAAGGUGAGGAAAUCGGCGGCGGCGACGGUGGCGGGAGGAGGAGGGAGCUGUCGACGGUGGAUGAGGAGGUUAGUGUAUUGAUGGGUGAUGACACCGAUGAGAGUGAGAUUUUUUCGCAGAUAGUGAACCCCAAAGGAAGAUAGGGAUUUUUUUUUUUUUAUGAAGGGCGGGACAAUGGAAAGAAGAAGAAGAGAGAGAUAAUUUACAAAUCGGGAAAUUUGCACACUUCUUAUGUUCAAAAUUUGCCGCCAGCAACGAAAUGUACAGGAGACUUAAAGAUAGAAGGGGUGAUUAAAAUUUGUACAUACAUAACCUAUCGAGAAGUUCUUUUUUCUCGUGAAAUUUUACUUUCUGUAUUGGUUUGUAAUAUUUAUCCUAAGGGUACGAUUGCCAUGGUAGGAAAUUUUGGUGUGCACUCCUGUAAAAUUAGAUCUCUCUAAUGAUGUAGUGUUCUUUCUCUUUUCUUUUUCUUGUAUAGACAUUGAUUAUGUUCUGAUUCCAGAAUGAUCAUUUACGCAUCUUUUGAUUCCUAUGUGAGAG